AUGCCAAGAAUUAGUCCUGUCCUUGCAAAAAAAGCACUUUCCAUCCAACCAUAUUUACCGCUAUUACUCCCGGAAUGCAGAACCUUAGAAUCUGCUAAACAAGAAUUGAAAUGGAUUCGUUAUGAACUGUCAUCAUCUAAUAGGACACACUAUCGUAUGAGUGUAAAAAAGGCAUGCCUCUUAAGAUACCAGCAUGUGCCAUUACAAUAUAUCCUUGGCACUCAACCAUUUGGCUCCUUGAACAUCAUCUGUAAAAGGAACGUUCUUAUCCCCAGAUGGGAAACUGAAGAAUGGGCAACUGCAUUACUUAAGUGCUUGAUUAAAUAUUGGAAAAACCAUCAAUUACGCAAACCAUUAUCUAUAUGGGAUCUUUGCUCGGGAUCUGGUUGCAUCUCACUUCUAAGUAAAUCAGAGCUAAAUAAAGCUGACAUUAAAUCCAAUAUUACUGCAAUUGAUUUAUCUUCUGCUGCAAUUUCCUUAAUUAAGUUAAAUAUGCAAAAAUUGAAAAUACAAGCUAUCAACGUAAAGCAAUUGAAUAUUUUAGAUUGUGGACCAACAAAUAACUCAUUCCAAGAAAUCGACGUUUUGAUAUGUAACCCGCCCUAUAUUCCUAAACAUGAUUUCAAUAUAAGCGUUAAUAAAUCAGUUAGAUUAUAUGAACCUAAAUUGGCAUUAAUUGGUGACUUGGAAUUUUAUGAAAAUUUAAUAGAUUCCUGGUUGCUAAAAGGAAAUAAUCGAACUGUCAAUUCGUUUGUUUAUGAAAUUGGGGAUAUACAUCAGUUCAACUAUAUUAAAGAACGUAUCAAUAAAAACCCGUUAUUAAAAGAUACUUGGGAAGUUGGAUUAAAAUUCGAUAGUAAUGGGAAACCUAGAUGUGUCUUUGGAUUCAAUAAAAUAAAACCAGCUUUCAAGUAUAUUUUCCAUGAAUUUGGCAGCAGCAGUGGUAUUCAGCUUUAA